AUGCUUUGGGAGUCUCUGGCAAGGCAACAGCCACUGGCUGUGCUGAUUUUUGGAAUCACCACAAUCCUCGUUUACCACCUCUACCGCACGUACUCGAAACUGCAGCACAUUCCCGGCCCUCUCAUCGCAAAAUUCACCAACUUCCAUCGCUUUCUCCUCGCGCGUCGUGGCCACCUCCACCUAUACCAAGACCGCGCUCACCAACGAUAUGGCCCCGCCGUUCGUUUCGGGCCCAACCUAAGCAAUAUGUACCGCGCUUUCCGACCCUGGACCACUGAUGGGCUACUCCUCUCCGUCUUCACCGCAGAAGACGACGCGACAAAUCGGGAAAUGAAGCAACACAUCUCUGUGUAUUAUUCGCUCUCGUACGCUGUAUCCUCUUUUGAGCCAAGAAUGGACAGUGCUUCGCGAAUGUUCUUCGACGAGCUUGAUCGCCGAUUUGUGCCCACGAGAGCACAGUUCGACGUGACACAGUGGAUGAAAUUUCUAUCAUACGAUACCAUGGGCUUGAUGACAUUCUCCCGGCCAUAUGGUUACGUUCAGCAUGGGAGAGACUUACACGGCAUCAUGGAGGACGUGAAGAGGGCAAACCUGAGUAUCGGACCCAUGACGCAGAUACCAUGGGUCGAUUGGCUCUUGCAUAAGAACUGGGUAGCAAAUCUCUUUAAACGCGAAGCCAUUGCCCCUCUGCUGGACUACGUCUUGGCGCGUAUUUCAGAGCGUCGGGAAGAACGUCGGAAAAAUCCCAAAUCACCCUCCAAUGCAAAUAUCGACGGACCCAUUGCCGAUGGUGACUUCCUCGGGUAUUAUCUCAAUGCUCAGGAGCGAAAGGAUAAUGUGCCACUUCGAUUUGUGUCAACCUGGACUUUUGCCAAUAUUCUGGGAGGGGCGGACUCCACGGCUUCCAUGCUUCGAUCUGUGGUCUGCUUUUUAGUAGAACACCCAGACGCACUGGAAACGGUACGGGCCGAGCUGCGGGAUAAGCAACGCACUGCCACCGGGCUCACUCUACCUUUCCCACAAUGGCACGAGCUGCAGAACCUCCCUUUCCUAGACGCCUGUAUCAAAGAGUCACUUCGGCUUGACUCUCCAUUCUCUAUGCCUCUUGAACGAGUAGUUCCAGCAGAGGGAGCUACAAUCUGUGGUCACUUUUACCCUGGAGGCACCGUCGUUGGCAUGAGUCCAUAUAUCACUAACCGCUAUAAGCCGACAUGGGGUGAUGAUGCGGAUCAGUGGCGUCCUCAUCGCUGGUUGGAAGGCGAACCGUCGCAUAUCAGAAAACUUGAAGCCAGUCUGCUUAGUUUCGGGGCUGGGACACGAGGUUGUCUGGGCCAGCACGUCGCCCUUUUUGAAAUCAAGAAGUUUGUCACAGCGCUCUUCAUGAACUACGAUAUCGAUCUUGUCGAGCCUCGAGCUAAGUCCAAUCCGUACUACUGGGUCGUAUACCCAGAGAGCGUGCAUGCGACGGUUAGAAAACGCGAGAUCAAACAGUAG